AUGGUGGCCUCCAAACUCCAAAGCAACCGGCCUUGCCAGCAGUCUGCUUUCCCCAAUGACUAUACCAACAAAAGCACUCUUGACGAGGACCGCCGCAAGCAAGAGGCCAUUGCCGCCGCCAAGUUACAAGAAACCCAGGCAGCCGAAGCUCUAGCCCUCAAGAUGAACAAUCUAGAGUUCCAGGUCAAAAGCCUUCAGGAAACGAUCAACAAUCUCCGGGAAACAAAGGCAGAAGCCGAGCGCGUGCGCGACGAGUGGAUCACCAAAUACAAUACCACAAGUACAGCAGCAGACGAACGGAUUCGGCAGCUUACGCAGGACCUGGAGGAGCAAAAGAAACAAACACUCAGCCAAAUGAUGGAUAUCAAGGAGCUGAAAAGCGAGAGAAGCAGUCUGGACCACCAAAUCGUUUACGAACUUCCAAAUGAGGACGUCCAGAUCCUGCUCUUGGCAUACGGCAAUCAAAUCUAUUAUGGUUCCGGGACCCCGGAUCAUCUGGGUGUGCUCCCUAAAUACAAGAGCGCCGCCAGAGAUGGAAAUUCUUUCCACGUGCCCGGUUACUUGAUCGAUUUUGACUUUAGCGCGUAUUUUCCCAACGGGGCUCGGAAGACCUUGACCAUCAUGUAUCGGUAUAAUCGACCGGGAACAAAUAGACGGAUCCGGACUUUGAUGGCUGAGACUAGCUGUGAAGUUAGGUUUGAUCCUUGGGACUAG